UUCCAGAUUCACGAUGUCACGAAAGUUUCUGGUUGGUGGAAAUUGGAAAAUGAAUGGCGACAAGGCCAGUGUUGAUAGUAUUAUUAAAUUUUUGAACGAUGGAGCUGUGGUACCAAAUGUGGAUGUUGUCGUUGCACCGCCUGCACCAUAUUUGUCGUACGUAAAGGAGAAAGUUAAGAGUGGCAUCGAAGUAUCAGCACAGAAUUGCUACAAGGUUGCAAAGGGUGCAUUUACUGGUGAAAUUUCUCCGGCCAUGAUUAAAGAUUUAGGUUUGCAUUGGGUCAUUUUGGGACACUCCGAACGACGCCAUAUUUUUGGUGAAUCUGAUGAGUUAAUUGCGGAAAAAGUUGUGCAUGCAAUCGAAAGUGGUCUACAAACUAUCUUUUGUUGUGGUGAAAAAUUGGAUGAGCGAGAAGCUGGAAAAACGAAAGAUGUGAACUUCCGACAGCUUCAAGCAGUUAUUGACAAGAAGGCGGACUGGGCUAAAAUUGUUAUAGCUUAUGAGCCUGUUUGGGCUAUUGGCACCGGAAAAACAGCUUCACCAGAACAAGCGCAAGAAGUGCAUGGUUGGAUUCGAGAAUUUCUGAAAGAAAAAGUAUCGGCGGAUGUAGCUGCGAAUACGCGUAUCCUUUAUGGAGGGUCGGUAACUGCUGAAAAUGCGGCCGAUCUGGCGAAAAAACCUGAUAUCGAUGGUUUCCUGGUUGGUGGCGCUUCAUUGAAACCUGAUUUCAUCAAAAUUAUUCAUGCCCGUGAUUAAUUUAGUAGCUAUUUGAAUGUUCUGAUGAUUAAUAAUACUUGAAUAACAAUAAAUAAUAUUUGUCAUUCAUCUUAUUCAUCUUUCUUGAAUGUUUGGUAGUAACUGUAGAAUUUGUUGUUUUUGUGUAAUAGUUCCGUAAUUUAAUUUAUGGAUAAUUAUAUUGGCAG